UCACGUGGUCCUGGAUCAAAAUUUACAAAAUUCGUAUUUAACGUCAUGGCAAAUUAUUAUGUAUAAUUAUAACAUUAUUAUAAUUAUACAUGAAAUAAAAAAAAUGAAAACCAUAUAAUUUUAACGAUAGCACAUGUAGAGUAUCCAACAUCACAAAUUCAAUCAAAUUAUCAAAACCUCUUACUAAUAGUAAUUAAAAAUUUAACACAUAUGAUUACAGAAAAAUACAAAUAUCAUUACAAAGAAAAAUAUGAGACAGAAAAUUAAUAUUUUACAAUAAAAUAAAACAAAAAAUAUACCCGCCCUUUUAAGGGCGGGUCAAAAUCUAGUGGGCUUUUAAAACAAAGACAAGGCCCCCUAGUGAUCUAACUCCGAUCGGCAACGUAAGUCCGAUUAUUUCCGCCGUCGGAAGGUUAAAAAAAAAACUUUGAAAGAAAUCGUUUUGUUCUGUGUGUUUGAUCGGAGAAUGGAGGAGACUCAGAACAUUGACGUUACAAAGAAUCCAGAAGCCGAAGAUGCAAUCGAAUCAACUAAGCAAAAGCAAUCCGAAGAAGUAGAACAUCACUGCGACGAGCAGCAGAAGCAAUCGCAAUGUGAAGAAGACGAAUUGCGAAAGCUUCUGCUCUCGGAUAUAGGAGAGCUUCCUCUCUCUCCUCCUUCAGCUAUACAAGUUAACUUCGUCUCUUACUUCAUCACAGGUUUUACUAAACCGGGUCAUGAUCAAUACAUCUACCGUCACGCAAAUGGUUUGUGUGUGAUUGGAUUGGCUCCUACUCAUAUAGCUUUUAAGGACCAAGGUGGGAUCACUAACAUUGAUUUCAAUGUCGGUAAGUCCGAUCGUAGCGUCUUGAAAGUCUCUGGCAAGCGUAAAAAGAAUGCUAUGCGGUCUGAAUCGAAUACAGCAUUGUGCAAAGUCUCCACUGCUAAUGAUUCUUAUAUUGUCAGGUGUUGCGUUAAAGGUUCGCUCUUGGAGGUGAACGAGAGAUUGAUCAAGCAACCUCAGCUUCUUAAUUCAUCGGCUGAUCGAGAAGGAUAUAUUGCGAUAAUCAUGCCAAGACCUGCAGAUUGGACCAAAAACAAGGAAUCACUGAUAACCUUGGAGGAGUAUAAAGAAAAGAAACAAGACAUUUUACUGGAACCGUGUCUACUUUGAAGCUGAUGGUUAGGCUUAAGUCAGAUUAGAACUCUUAUGUUCAACAAUACUCAUAAAGCUGUUGUGUUUUAUCUUCAAGAAAAUUUUGGUAGCAAAGAUCUUUUUUGGUCUAUGAUGUUCUUCGUGAAAACAGUUUCAAUAUAUAAUUAAAUUUUAAUUUUAAUAAGCACUACUUAAUAUAUAUAUUUAAUAUAGUUUAUGAUUUAUUAAAGAUGAUUGAGUAUAAUUGGUUACACAAAUAUCCAAUAUAUAAAACAAAUAUCCAAUACAUAUAUUAACUUAACUUAUUUAUAAUUCUAACAAAAAAAUACUUUAUACUAUAAAACAUGGUACAAUAUAUAAUUUUGAAGCUUUGACUUCGUCAAAGUAUAUCUGAACUUAAAUGAUUUUAAUUCUAAAUAGAAAAAGGAUUGUAUUUAUUUUUUUGUUUUUGUUUUGGGUCUAAUCUAACUUUUAUAAGUGUAACCGGACUAGGAAGAACACCUAAGCGUUGGUACUAUCUUUUGUUUUUGAUCAAUCCCAAAAAUUUGUUCAGAAGUUCUUCUUAGUUCUCUAAAGUUCUUAAUAACGAUGAAUAGGAGAACUAACCCAGAUCAGAAUCGAUUUGAUCAUUCCACCUCUGACCAACGAAAUUGGCCAACAGUGGAGCAAGUGCAACCUCAGCUACCUCCACCACUGUUAACUUAUUUCCAACAACCUCAGCAACCUCUACCACUGUUAACUUCUUUCCAACCGUUGUGGUUUGUUUGUACAAAAGUUUUGGGUUUCUAUAACUAAAUUAUUUUGAGUUUAGUUUCAUUAACUUUAUAUGUGGAUGUUACAGAUUUUUCGGAUAUUCCUCAUCUGAGGAGGUUGGCAUUAAUGUCUGAUUUAUCGUCUAGAAUUGUCAGCCAGAUUGAAUAUUAUUUCAGGUAUAUUAAACUUUGUAUUUUUUUGUUUUAUUAAUUUUUUUCUUUUAGAUUUAUUGUGAUAUUAAUAUAUGGAUUGGUUUAUAAUACAACGAUGUAAAUCUGGUGAAUGAUGACUACUUGAAAUCUCUCAUGGAUAAUCAAGGAUGAGUUGAUGUUUUCUCCAUUGCAUAAUUUAAACGAGUAAGUAAUAUUCAAGUUCUUAUUCACAGGAAUAUUUGAUGUUAAAAUAAUGUUAAUAUGUCUAAUAUCGAUUUAUGUGUCUUGUUUUGACAAUCAGAUCAGAGCCAUGACCGAUGAUAUCCACUUGAUAUUGCGUACAAUGGGAUCAUCAACAACCGUCGAGGUCCAGGUAAAUUCCUGAUUAGUUUCUUAAUUGUCUUAAACUAUAUAGAUUGAAAGUUGAAAAAAGACUCAUAUAUAGCUAUUUUUUGAUAAAUGUUGUAGGUUUUCGAACUAAGGAAACGUCAUGGAUGGAAGAGGUGGAUAUUUCCUUGAGUAGACUUGAGAUACCAUUAGCAAUGAUGGAAAAGAAAUUUAAGGUUGAACUGAAAUAUUUUAGUUUUUUACAGUGUCGAUGUAAUCUAGAAUAUUGUCAGUACCGUGCCUAGUGUUCUAGAGGCCUAAGGCAAAUAAUAUAAUUUUAUUUAAAAUUUAUUUUAUAAAGUAAGUUUUAUAAGUUUAUAAAAUAAUUAUUAUAAUAAUAAAUUAUAUCAUAUACUGAAACUAAAUAAAUAUAAAAUAGUAAAGAUUAUUUAUAAAUUUGUAUCGUAAGAACAAUAUAAUUUUAUAAAAUGAGUUAAACAAUAUAUAUUUCAUAAAAUACAUAUGAACAAAAUAUCUAAAAGAAUAAAAGUUAUAUACAUAAAUUUAGCAUAUAAAUGAGUAUAAUAAAUAAGACAAAUGACAAAUAAAACAUAUUAUCUUAAAAAAAUCAGUUUUGUACAAAUUGCUACAAUGUGAUAUAACAAUUAACUAAAUUAUGAAAGUAUUUGUAAUUUAUUUAACCAAUUAAACAAAGUAAUAGGAAAAAAUGGGGCGUCGGCAAUAUCUUGUAUUCUGAAGGCACAGCUCUGAAUAUUGUAUUACUCAUGGUCUCGUGUUUUUAAAUUCAGUUAUGUAUGUGGUGGUAUAGAAACGCAACUGAAAAUAUCAUAGAACAAAAGCAAACCAAUGUAUCAUAUUACAAAAAAAAAUUGCAAUGUUUGUUCUCCUCUAGUAUGAAAAAUGGCAACAUUAGCGGUUGAUAUAAAUUGAAAUAGUCGAAAAUUCUUCUGCUGUUUUAGUUUUAGUCGAACAGGCGAAGCAUAUAAGGUUCUCCAUAGUUGGCAACUUGGCAUUGUCGCCAUUGGCUUGCAUAGUCAUUCCUUCAUGGCGUUGCAAAAGGCUGUCCUUUAUCAUAUUUAAAAAGAUGUAUUAUGGUUAGAUACAAG